AAGUCGCUGAAGUCGCACUGAUGAGCCAAUGCCGCGGAUGGAAAUCUGGCUGACCGGGGCAAUCACGUGACAUUCUCACUCGUCCCGUAGCCCGAAAAUUAGACGGGACCUUUUCGACGAGGCACUUCUCUUGGAGAUCAAUUGCUUCACCUAGACGGCCGAAGGAUCGCCAAUUGCCUACGCCAUCACCCGCGAAUAUGAUCUCGAGAUCGUCCCUUGCGCGAACUGCGCAGCAGGCUGCCCGCCAGGCCUGCCGCGUCCAGCGACGUACCUACGCCGCCGCUGCUUCGACCGGAUCAUACGAGACCUCGGAUGUGACUGGCCUCAAGGUCGCCUCGCGGGAUGCUCACGGCCCUACUACUACGCUCGCUGUGGUGGCCAAGGCCGGUACUCGCUACCAACCUCUUCCUGGCCUUUCUGUUGGCCUUGCCGAAUUUGCCUUCAAGAACACCCAGCGACGAUCUGCCCUUCGCAUUACUCGCGAGUCUGAGCUUCUUGGUGGUCAAUUAGCUUCCUCUCACUCUAGGGAGGCUGUUGUUGUCGAAGCUAGCUUUCUCCGCGAGGAUCUGCCUUACUUCACCGAGCUCCUUGCUGAGGUCAUCUCUCUGACCAAGUAUACCACUCACGAGUUCCACGAGGAUGUUGAGCGUGUUCUCCACGCCAAGCAGGCUGUCCUCAACGCCGACGUCGCCGCCACUGCUCUCGACAACGCCCACGCUAUCGCCUUCCAUACUGGUCUCGGCUCCUCCCUCCUCCCCAGCUCCUCCACUCCUUACCAGAAGUACUUGAACGAGGAGUACAUUGCUAGCUACGCCGACGUUGCUUACGCUAAGCCCAACAUUGCUCUUAUUGCCGACGGUGCCUCUCCCGAUUCUCUCUCCAAGUGGGUUGGCCAGUUCUUCAAGGACGUGCCUUCUGCCCCUCGAAGUGGCCAAACUCUCAAGACGGAAGCCACCAAGUACUUUGGUGGUGAGCAACGAACAAGCUCUAGUGCUGGCAACUCUAUUGUUAUUGCUUUCCCCGGCUCCGGUUACGACUCUACCAAGCCGGAGCACGCUGUGCUUGCUACUCUCCUUGGUGGUCAGUCCACCAUCAAGUGGGCUCCUGGCUUUAGCCUCCUGGCCAAGGCCACUGCUGGUACCUCCGGCCUUACUGUCAACACCUCCAACCUAAUCUAUUCCGAUGCUGGCCUCCUUACUGUUCAGCUCAGUGGUCCUGCUCCCUCUGUCCGUAAGGGUGCUGAGGAGACUGUUAAGGUGCUCAAGAGCAUAGCAGAUGGCCAAGCGAGCCAGGAGGACGUCAAGAAGGCCGCUGCCUACGCCAAGUUUAACCUUCUGAACCAGAACCAGCUCCGCCAACCCAGCAUCGCCCUUGCUGGCUCUGGUAUCGUCAAUAGCGGCAAGUCUUAUGACUCUGCUGCCAUUGCCAAGGCUAUCGAUGGUGUCUCCGCUGAAUCCAUUAAGACUGCUGCCAAGACUCUCCUUGAGGGCAAGGCCACCGUUUCAACUGUCGGUGAUUUGUUCGUGCUGCCCUACGCCGAGGAGAUUGGUCUGCGAGUAUAAAUGGAGGUCCAAGAGAGAAAAGAACUUGUACCAACAGUUUAGAAGUCAUGUGGGAGAGGCUGACCUCUUUGUGAAUAUUUGUAGUAGAAAUCCUUUGAUCCAUUAUAGGCCCCUUUGUUCACCACCAUGAAUUUUAUGUUACAUGAGCUUGGUGACGCGUAUCUCUCGCAAAGACAGAUCGAGUCUGAUCUGCUGCAUUGCAUUCAAAGGUAGCAUCUCAAAGGGUUGCUUUUGCCGAUGUAUGCUUUGAUAAAAAGUUGUGGGGGCUCAAUGUCAGCUUUACCAGUCAACCCGUAGGUAAGGACCGCAAUGCUGAAGAUACCAGACUAAACUCUGGGUUCUCGCCAGACAUCCUGCCGUUGGAAACGUUCGUACCUAUGCAACUCGGCGAAGCCAGAACCGGUCAGGUUACAGCCACUCAUACGUUUGAAAACCAUUCGUUGGCCCCAAACUUGCUGUCAGCAUCGUAUUCGUGGGUACACAAGUUGUACCACCAACACUGCGCCUACACCAAUAUAGCCCCUCUUGUCUUGUGUUUGGCUACAUAGUAUGCAUUGGAGCUUUGCAUGUGUUCUGAUGAUACCUUAAUGGAAGCCGAAUAUCACAGUAAGCGCUGAAGAUUCAAGACCCAUGCGGAUUAUGCGCACUGAUGUAUCCCUAC